AUGGCGGGGCACGGGACAUGGCGGGUCACGGGACAAGGCGGGGCACGGCACAUGGCGGGUCACGGGACAUGGCGGGUCACGGGACAUGGCGGGGCACGGGACAUGGCGGGGCACGGGACAUGGCGGGGCACGGGACAUGGCGGGGCACGGGACAUGGCGGGUCACGGGACAUGGCGGGUAGGAGCGAGCUACAGGUUGGAGCGAGCUACAGGUAGGAGCGAGCUACAGGUUGGAGCGAGCUACAGGUUGGAGCGAGCUACAGGUAGGAGCGAGCUACAGGUUGGAGCGAGCUACAGGUUGGAGCGAGCUACAGGUAGGAGCGAGCUACAGGUUGGAGCGAGCUACAGGUUGGAGCGAGCUACAGGUUGGAGCGAGCUACAGGUAGGAGCGAGCUACAGGUUGGAGCGAGCUACAGGUGUGGAGCGAGCUACGAUAGGAGCGAGCUACAGGUUGGAGCGAGCUACAGGUAGGAACGAGCUACAGGUAGGAGCGAGCUACAGGUUGGAGCGAGCUACAGGUUGGAGCGAGCUACAGGUUGGAGCGAGCUACAGGUUGGAGCGAGCUACAGGUAGGAGCGAGCUACAGGUUGGAGCGAGCUACAGGUUGGAGCGAGCUACAGGUUGGAGCGAGCUACAGGUAGGAGCGAGCUACAGGUUGGAGCGAGCUACAGAUAGGAGCGAGCUACAGGUUGGAGCGAGCUACAGGUUGGAGCGAGCUACAGGUUGGAGCGAGCUACAGGUUGGAGCGAGCUACAGGUAG